GCAAGUAGGAGGUGGGGAGGGAAAGUUCAGCACUCAACUUUUUAUUUAUUUAUUUUUUUCUUUUGUCUUCCAUUUCAAUAUUCUUCUUUAGGGCACUUCCAGAAACAACGCGGCAACUCACCCCUCCUUCUCUCUCCCCUUCUCUCCCUCCUCCUCCACGGCACGAUCGAUUCAGUACUCAAGCCUUCGUGGAGUUUGGGAUGGAAAGAAUGCAUUUCUAGACAAAAAUAAGGAAAGUUCUCUAUUAUUUCUACUGUUAAUAAACGAGUGAACGGCCACGUCUCGGAGAAGGUGAGUCUUGGUCUGAUGCUCUCCUUCUUGCAUGGUUUGUAAUUUUGGGGUGAGGUUGCAUAGAGUUCUUGGGACGAUAACGCUUUUCCUAAGAUUGUUGUUCUCUUUUUGACGGCAAGGCAGGUUGCAUAGAAGUUUCUAACGGCUGCAAGGGUUUUCAUCGAAAAUAUUGGUGAAACCAUUGAUUUCGAUGACCAUUUUGGUUAUUUUGACCACUUUUGUUCUUGAAGUGGGUUGUUAGCGGGAUGGAAGUCUAAAAGUUCCUUUUUCUAUGUAUAAAUUUAAUGUCCACUAUGAUUGUGAACAGAUUGUUGAUAUAAACCUUCGGCUACAAGAUGGACUCUUGAAUCUUGCUAUUGUUAUGGGCUGCAUGUUUUCGGGACAAAGCUACACCUCUCGAUGAUCAGCAGCAGAAUUUUUCUUGGUGCUUGUAAGCUUUUGACAGUUCGGAGUGUAUCUUUGUCAUCUUUGAGAUUAUGUGGUGUGCUUGUGAUUGGGUACUGACAAACCGGUGAAUUAUUGGUCUUCCAUGUUACCAAGAACUAGUGGGUUGACGGUAAGAAGCUUUCGUUUGGACAGUAAAUGGUUUUUGGGUUAUGCCUGAAAUGAUCCAAGUCACAGUUGCUUGCUAAGAAUUGCUUCAUGAUGGACUGACUAAUUAAUGACAUCCACGAGUGACGAAUUGGUCCUGCAAGAAACAGAGUUUGUUGGUCAAGAUCGUAUUCACUGUUCUUCCUUCCCAGUCCUUGCUAGGAAUUUAUUGCUGAUUUUUCGUAGGCUACCUCUGUCUGGUAUCAGAAAUAUUACUGCAGCUAGAUUUGAAGGGUUUUGCAUGAUCAAGGACUCGUUUCCUUAUCAAAGCCUUAUCCGCAGGAGUUUUCUUAAGAUGUGAGCUGGAGUUGUGUUGCAUGCACAGAGAAAUCAUAUAGUCACAGGGCAGUAGAUUUUCAUUUCUUCAGUUAUUACCUAAAUAAUGCAGAAUUCUGAUGAUGAAAAGCUUGGUGUCAAUCUUCAUGGCAGACAGGAUAGUGAUUUGAUUUCAGGUAUACCCAUCAAGAAAAGGCCCUUGAUUUUAGCUCAAUCUCCACCGCCUCCACCUCAAACACCAUCUUCGCAAGAUGGUGAUUGUGGUACACCACAAAAGAAUCUUCAUUGCUUGGAGACAAAGCCUGCUGUUUCAGAAACUGAUGGACUGCCAGCUUCAGGGACCGACUUUACCAUCAAGGGUUCUUCCUCUGAAUCUAUAAGCGACACAAACUUAGUUCCAAAUCAAGAAGUUCUUUCUGCUUUAUCUCAUCACGAAGAGGAGCUAAAUAUGACUCCUAGUUCUGAUAAGGGAACAUGUGUUGAAGACCAAGUUGCUGGAAGCACACUACAACUAUCAGCACUGAAGGAACCGCUUGAUCUUCCUUUAAGUGAAAGUAGUGGAGGGGUGUUUGUUCCAUUUGAUAAGUCUGCAAUUCACAAAGUUAUAGGUAAUACAGAAUUUCAAAUGACACUUAAAGGGCCAUUUGCACCGUCCAAUGAUGUGCAAACUAGUGAAAGGAGUUUGUUGAAGCUACAGAAACUAGAUUUCUGUUGUGAUCAUUCUUCAGCUGAGAAACAGCAACGUCAUCAAAGCAGAUGUAGCCGUGCUGAAGCGAAAGUUGACUCUGCAUUUCCAUACUCAAAUAGGUCAAACUGGGAUUUGAAUACUACAAUGGAUGCAUGGGAAGGCUCCUUGAAUGACCCAAACCAUGAAACUGGUGCGUAUGAGGCCGGUCUUGUAUCAACAUUUUCUAGAGAAUCCAAUGGGACUGAUGAGACACUUGGAAACAGUCAAAAUUUAAAUGCCGAAAACCUAAUGUCAUCCAACUUAUCCUUGCCUAUAAAUGAGCUUCACGACUCUGCGGUUUGCCUAAAUUCACAAUGUAAAUCAGUAAUCAAUUCUGAGUAUUGCACUACUUUGGGUGCUGCUUGUCCUUCUGUUAGACUUAACUCUAUUACAGAAAUGCCUUAUCCAAGUUCAUUGGUGAAACCUAUUCCCCCAGCCUGCAAUUCAAAGUUGGCUACUUGUGGAGCUGUAAAAGCUGAACCAUGUGAUGAAAGUAGUCAUUUGGAUGCCCGGAAAGUCGAAACAAGUUAUGUGAAAGCAGCUGGUUGUAAAGAUGCAAAAACUGAACUAUGCGAAUAUUUAGGAGAAGCAAUGAAAGCAACAGGUUAUGGUGAUCUAAAAUCAGCAUGCAAAGCAGCUGUAAAAUCAGAGCCACUUGAGAAUCAAGCUCAACAGAACCUUGGGGGUACAGCCAUGCCCCAGUAUGAAAGUGAAUGUUUUAACAAGGCCUUGAGUUUGAUGUCUCAGUCUCCGGUUUUGAACACUAAGCAUGAUGGGUCAGAGCUGCCUCCUGGAUGCAUUCCUGUGAACGUGAAAGAGAAUGUUGGUGGGGCUACAAAACAUUCUGUUCAAACUUUUAACCCCCAUAAUUAUAUACCAUGCAGUGGUGGAGAGAUCGCCAUUAGUACCAGCCAUCCCCAAAAUGCAAGUGGAAUUGUCAACAAAUGUUCGAAUAUGUUUUCAGAAGCCCACAUUUCUGAGGCUGAGGAAAUAAAAUCUGGAAAGAAAGCAUGGGAGACAGCUGAAACCAAGUCAAGUGGUACUGUCGAGGUUCUUGCCCAAACAGGCUGCCCAGACGGUGUUCGUUAUCAUUCCUCUGAAUCUUCUUUAGCAGAUGAACUUCAUGUAGGCUUGCAUGGAAAUAGCAAGCUAGAUGAGGUCCAGGAGGCGAAGAUUGAUGUAUCUGCUGAGAUCAAAGAAGAGUCACAUGACAAUAAAUACAAGUCAGAUAGUUCUUGUCAUGACAUUGGUACUGUGAAUAUUGUUUAUAAGCAGAGUGGCCAAAUUGAUGAUUAUGAAGAUGGUGAAGUGAUGGACAUGGCAUUGCAUUGUGGAAUUGAAGAUUCCUGUGAGGAAGGAAAAGAGCAACAGGUAAAUGAUGCAAGCAAUGCUGAUCCAAUUCAUCAUCUUGAUGUUUCCAUUGUGAUGCCUUCAAGCGUAGAUGUACAGGAAAAAAGAACAGAGAAGUUGGACAAGUUAAAUAAUGUUCAAGGCACUGAAGAGGGUGAUGUUGGUCUAUGUAAUGACAGGAAUGAUCAUGGCAUCCAUAAAGCAACAAAUGCUCAUCAAUUUGCAGCUGUUGGAGGUGUAAUUUCUGGAUCUGCUGAAAAGAAGCUCAUUAAAACCAUGUCUAAUAAUUGUUGGGAUCAAUCAAAGAGAAACAAGGACCCUGAAGCAAAAUUGCCAAAUAGUGGUUCUCUUCUUGUGGGAACAAUUAAAGAAGGUAGUCGAGGUGAGAUUGUCAGACAUCCGGAGAAGAUUUCUAGAGGAUCUGACUUUCUGCGAGCUAAAGCUUCUGUUUUGUCCAAAACAGAGUCAGAUAAAAACGGUGAUAGAAUAAAACAUGUUGGCAGUAACCAUGGGCGCAUUAUUGAUCUGAAGUCUGCUCGAGAUGGAUUAGCAUCUGGAAAACCAAAAUCUUUGGCUGACAAGCCAUUAUCAUCACUACAUGUGAGGGAAGAUUCCAUUGGUAAAUUAUGGAGGCAAGAUAAAUCACAUUACUGGGGGAGUAGAGAAGUAAACUGCAGUGACAGGUCCAGGAAAUUUGAAAGCGAGAAGAACUAUGAGCAGUUUGUUGCUAAACGUGGAUCAAAUUACAAACACAUUAGGAGUAGAGAUCGCAAUGAGUUAAGAUCAUCACAUGAUGAUAGAAAUUCUGAGCCUGGGCUUUUAUUGGAACAAGCUAAUCGUUCAAGUGGUUAUCGAUUUCUGCGACCUAAAUAUGUAUCUGAAGUUGUGUCCAGUGGGUCUACUGGAAAUGCUGGUAGGAUUGCAAGGAAGCCCAUCAGUGGUGAAUUUCAGACCUUCUCUCGUAUGCCUUAUAAAAGGCGUUCUCCUGGAGAAAAGGGACGAGAACCAGUUGGCAGUCAAAUGAUCCAUCAUCUUCAUCCUAUGAGGGAUAUCAGCCCUAGGAGGUGCAUUGGUCGAGAUGCUGCUGAUUUUGAAUUACUGGCUCAUGAAGAAAAACUAUUGAGGAACUUGCCUAAUGACAUGGAUGACAUGGUGGAGCCUCCUUUGCUCUUGCACCCUUGUUCGCCAUAUGAACGAGCAGAUGGCACUGUCAACCGUAGACUAAGGAGGAGCCUAUCACCUAUUCGGCAAGGAGGCUUAAAACAUAUAUCUCACAUGUUCUCAGAAAUUUCUCCAAUGUCUGAUAUGCGUUCUCUGCAUCAGUGGUCCCCACCCAGAAGAUCAUCUGAUGUCUUGGAUGGACGUCGAGAGCUAAUCCACUGCAGGUCUCCACCAGUUGUCCGGCUUGGUGGAAUGAGGCCACCUCAUCAGCACGCUUAUUUUAUGGAAGAUGCGACGGUCAGAAGGCACGGUUCCCCAUCUUAUGUUGCACGGUUGCCUGGUGAUAUGGUAGAUUUUGGUCCUUCAAGAGAGCAUGAUUAUCAAAGGUAUGCUACGCAUCCUUCGAGGAAUUUUCGAAGGUUAGAAUUGAUUGAAUCUUGUGAAAAUGCAGAUGAAGAACUUUGUUCACCAUUGCUCCGCAGACAAUUUCAUGAACCUGCAAGAGAUGAUGACUAUUCUACUGAUAGAAGAAAGUAUCAAGAGAGGCAUGAACCUGUUCGUUCUAUGAGGCGCCAUUUCAGUGUUCGUGAUGAUGAUAGCAUGAAUUUUGAUUUUCAUGAUGAGAGGGAUCCUCGAGCUUUUAGGCAUUGUCGUGAAGCUAAUGAACAAGUUCCUGAAAGAGGCAGCUUGGGGAAUUUUGAUAGGCAUAUUAGAAACCGGCUGGGAAAUGCAUUUAGCAGACUGAGAGGCAUUGAAGAACCAGAAGAUAACUAUAGAUAUCAUGAAGAGGCGAGAAGACGGCAUGAUGCCAGCUACAAUAAUGAUAGACCAAAGAGGAGAAGACUCUAGCUUUGUCUUAUUUGACUACAGGGCGACAAACGGGGAUGCAUAUGAUUUGCCAAGGGCUCCGUUGAUUUAGUCCAGGUGCUGACCUGAUACAUGCCAUCUAAGGGUUUACGCAACAAGGAGCCUAAGAUAUGCAACACCUAACCAAUAAAGUUGUGGAAGAAUCAGAUUUCGGCUUUUGGAAUAGGAGGAACCAUGUUCACAUAGAUAUGCAGUUGAGGCAAAUGGUUUGGAUCUUAUUGAACUACUUUCCAUAUAUGACAUCCAAACAGUCUUAUAUGGAAGAAUUUUAUGGCUGUCGGAUCUUUCUGUUAUGUCUCAGAGGUCUGUACAAGAAACUUUACUUCUUGGACUGAUGAUGGUCGAUGGUGGCUUGUACCUUCCUGUUGGCCACUUUUUAUCAUAUAUUACCUUAUUGACAUUUGCAAUAAGCAUUAACAUAAAAUCAAUUUAUCUGACGAAUAACCACGUAGUGGCAGGUGGUUUCAUUACUUGACUUCAACUACUAGAAAAGUUGGGAAAACUUAAAAAAAGAAAUGAAAGAUGAGGACGGCAGCAGAAAUUUUGACUGAAAAAUGGGAUGUAGACCGGGUACUUUUUAGCCCAGGAUGGUGUUGAUGGCUCCGAGCUGACCAACUCUGCUAACUUGAAACAUUGGAAAAUGGAUUUCUGUCAAUAAAUCUAAAUAAUGGCUGAUUAAAGAGUACGAGGGAUGCCAGCUUCUUGACAGGCAGGAACUUGUAUCGCAAGUCGAGUUUUUAGGCUGCAAAAAUAGGCAUUUCUGGUUGAGUGGGUGGAACUUUGAUCCUGGAGUUUUCGGUCUUAAUGAUCUGUGAUGUACCUGUACCUGAAACAAUUGUUUCCAGAAAGAUACUAUCAGUCUACAAUGUUAGUGAUGUUGAGUUGAGAGUUUUACAGGAUCUAUGACAUCCAAAUCUUUGAAACUAAGAAGUUGCCAGCAGAUAGACACCAGCUGCCAUUGUCUGACAGGAAUCUGGAUUAAUGUAUGCCACUCAAUGUUGAUAACUGAGUGCUACAAUGCUAGAUUGGCAGUGACUGAUUAAGACAUCACACCAAGACUUUGUCUUUCUAGUCGACAGACAGAAGACUUUUCUCAUGCGUGGCUAGCUUUUCAUUGGUAAUGAGAAGGUUCGUGGAACCUUCACUGUUUUGUGAGUCUUGUGGACUGGUAUCUCUUAUUGGACAAAAAUUUGUAUCUGAAUA